AUGGCACAAAAUGAAGUAGGAAGCCCAUGGAAUGGUGGGACGGAAAGAACUGCAUCACGGGACAGUGAGCAUGUCCCCAUGAUGCACUACGAUCCGUUCCCAGAGAUUCCAGCGGCAGAGGAUGAGGAAGUAUUUUAUACAGGUCUAGAAAUAAUUCAGGAUAGGACAUCAACAGAAUUUGAGCAGGGCAGUGCCUUUGGCGAUAUUGGAGUGCCAGAAAAUAUCAUCUUUAUAUCUGGAGCUGGGUGGUUGAAUCCUUUAUUUGUUACUGGUCACAAACGAAAGCUUGAAGAAGAUGAUAUGUACAAAGUACUGGCUGAAGAUUCAUCAGAGAGGGUUGGAGAGGAGUUGCAAUGGUACUGGGAUAAAGAGGUGCAAAAAGCUAAAAAAGAAGCAAGAACGCCCCAUUUAACAAAAGCAAUCCUACUUUGUUAUUGGAAAUCCUAUUUAGCUUUGGGAUUUUUCACAUUGAUCGAGGAAACACUCAAAGUAAUUCAACCAGUCUUUUUGGGAAAAAUUAUUAAUUAUUUUGAAUUUUUUGAUCCUCUUGAUACUGCUGCUUUGAAUUUUGCCUACGGCUAUGCAGCUGCUUUGUCUGUAUGUACAUUGAUUUUAGCCAUAACACACCACUUAUACUUUUAUCAUGUACAACGGGCUGGCAUGAAAUUGAGAGUAGCGAUGUGUCACAUGAUUUAUCGGAAGGCACUUCGUCUCAGUAACACAGCCCUGGGAAAAACUACCACAGGUCAAAUAGUAAAUCUUUUAUCAAAUGAUGUGAACAAAUUUGAUCAGGUAACAAUUUUCUUACACUUUUUAUGGGCUGGACCACUUCAAGCUAUAGCAGUAACUGCACUUCUCUGGAUUGAAAUAGGCCCAUCAUGCUUUGCAGGAAUGGCAAUUCUGAUUAUUCUACUUCCUUUACAAACCUGUAUUGGGAGGUUGUUUUCUUCACUAAGGAGUAGAACUGCAGCCUUGACAGAUGUCAGGAUUAGGACAAUGAAUGAAGUCAUAACUGGUAUGAGGAUAAUAAAGAUGUAUGCCUGGGAAAAAUCAUUUUCAGAACUAGUUAACAGUAUAAGAAGGAAGGAGAUUUCCAUGGUUCUUAAAAGCUCCUAUCUUCGAGGAUUGAACUUGGCAUCAUUCUUUGUUGCAAGCAAAAUAACAGUUUUUAUGACUUUCAUGACAUAUGUACUACUUGGCAAUGUUAUUUCUGCAAGUCGGGUGUUUGUGGCAGUGUCACUGUAUGGUGCAGUGAGACUGACUGUCACUCUCUUCUUCCCUGCGGCUGUUGAGAGAGCAUCUGAGGCAAUGAUCAGCAUACGACGAAUCAAGAACUUUCUAAUACUUGAUGAGGUUUCACAGUUCAAUCUGCAAUUGGAGAAUAGCAACGAAAAUGUCCUACUUCAUGUUCAAGACUUGACUUGUUAUUGGGAUAAGCGUUUGGAAAUCCCAACCCUUCAGCAACUUUCUUUUACUGUCAGACCAGGUGAAUUAUUGGCUGUGAUUGGCCCUGUAGGAGCUGGGAAAUCAUCUCUCUUAAGUGCUGUCCUCGGCGAACUGCCUAAAGAUAAAGGUUUGAUGGAUGUUAGAGGAAGAAUAGCCUAUGUUUCUCAACAGCCAUGGGUAUUUCCUGGCACCGUGAGAAGUAAUAUACUAUUUGGUAGAGAAUAUGAGAAAGAAAAGUAUGAAAAAGUUCUAAAAGUUUGUGCUCUUAAAAAAGACAUGGAUUUGUUCGAAGAUGGUGACCUAACUGUGAUAGGAGAUCGUGGAGCUACAUUGAGUGGCGGUCAGAAAGCCCGUGUAAAUCUUGCCAGAGCAGUGUAUCAAGAUGCAGACAUCUACCUCUUGGAUGAUCCACUGAGUGCAGUAGAUGCAGAAGUUAGCAGACACUUGUUUGAAAAGUGUAUUUAUCAGGCCUUGCACCAAAAGGUCUCUAUUUUAGUGACUCAUCAGUUGCAGUACCUCCAUGCUGUAAACCAGAUUUUGAUUUUAAAAGAGGGUAAAAUGGUGGGGAAAGGGACCUAUUCAGAGUUCCUGAGUUCUGGAAUCGAUUUUGCUUCCCUUUUGAAAAAAAAUGAAGAGGUUGAACAGUCACCAAUUCCUGGAAUCUCCACUAUGAAGUCAGCAAGGAACCGUACCUUUUCACAGUCCUCUGUCUGGUCACAAGAUUCCUUGGUGCAGUCACAGAAAGAUGGAGCAGUAGAACAGCCACCUACUGAACCUCUGGUGACUGCACUGCCAGAAGAGAGCCGAUCUGAGGGAAAAAUAAACUUCAAGAUUUACAGGAAAUAUUUUGCUGCUGGCGCAAACUACUUUGUAAUUUUUAUACUUUUACUUCUAAAUAUUUUGGCACAGGUUGCUUAUGUGCUUCAGGAUUGGUGGCUUUCAUACUGGUCAAACCAGCAAGAAAAGCUGAAUGUCACAUCACAUGGAGAUAACGGAAUAAAUGAGACUAGACAUCUAGAUCUCAGCUUCUAUUUAGGAAUUUAUGCAGGUUUGACGGUGACUACAGUACUGUUUGGCAUAGUGAGAAGUCUGCUGGUAUUCACAGUUCUUGUGAAUGCUGGUCAAACUUUGCACAACAAAAUGUUUCAAUCGCUUUUGAAAGCUCCAGUGUUGUUCUUUGACAGAAACCCUAUAGGGAGAAUCUUAAAUCGUUUCUCCAAAGAUAUUGGCCAUCUGGAUGAUUUGCUUCCACUGACAAUUUUGGACUUCAUACAGACUCUCCUACAGAUUUUUGGCGUGGUAGCUGUGGCUGUGGCAGUGAUUCCUUGGAUACUCAUCCCUUUAGUUCCACUUUGUAUUCUUUUCAUUUUUCUUCGACGGUAUUUCUUAGACACAGCGAGAGAUAUUAAACGUCUGGAGUCCACAACUCGAAGUCCAGUGUUCUCCCACUUGUCAACAUCUCUCCAGGGACUUUGGACGAUUCGUGCUUUCAAAGCAGAGCAAAGAUUCCAAGAAUUAUUUGAUGCUCACCAAGAUCUUCACUCAGAGGCUUGGUUUCUGUUUUUGACUACCUCCCGAUGGUUUGCUGUGCGGCUGGAUGCCAUCUGUGCCAUCUUUGUUAUAGUGGUUGCCUUUGGUUCCCUGCUUCUCGCAAACACUCUGGAUGCAGGACAGGUUGGCUUGGCAUUGUCCUAUGCAAUCACGCUCAUGGGAAUGUUCCAGUGGGGAGUUAGGCAAAGUGCUGAAGUUGAAAAUCUGAUGAUCUCAGUAGAAAGAGUAAUGGAAUACACAGAACUUGAAAAGGAAGCUCCUUGGGAGUCGAACAAACGUCCACCAGCUGAAUGGCCAAGCCAAGGAGUGAUAGCCUUUGAAAAUGUUAACUUCACUUACAACUUAGAUGGACCCUUGGUGUUGAGGCACUUGUCUGUUCUAAUUAAAUCAAAAGAAAAGGUUGGAAUUGUGGGAAGAACAGGAGCUGGAAAGAGCUCUUUGAUAGCAGCCCUCUUUCGGUUGGCUGAACCCAAAGGACGAAUUUGGAUUGAUAAGUACUUAACAUCAGAACUGGGACUUCAUGACUUGCGGAAGAAAAUUUCAAUCAUACCUCAGGAGCCCGUUCUGUUCACUGGAUCUAUGAGAAAAAACUUAGAUCCUUUCAAUGAAUACACUGAUGAAGAGCUGUGGAAUGUCUUGGAAGAGGUGCAACUGAAGGAGGCUGUGGAAGAACUUCCUGAUAAAAUGGAGACACAGUUGGCAGAAUCUGGAUCUAAUUUUAGCAUUGGUCAGAGACAGCUCGUGUGCCUUGCCAGGGCAAUUCUCAAAAAAAAUCAAAUUCUGAUUAUUGACGAAGCAACAGCAAAUGUGGACGCAAGAACGGAUGAGUUGAUUCAAAAGACAAUCCGUGAAAAGUUUGCCCAGUGCACUGUGCUGACCAUUGCACACAGGUUGAACACCAUUAUCGACAGUGACAAGAUUAUGGUUUUAGAUGCAGGAAGACUAAAAGAAUAUAAUGAGCCAUACAUUUUGCUACAAGAAAAAGAGAGCCUGUUCUACAAGAUGGUGCAACAAGUGGGCAAGGCUGAAGCUGCUGCUCUGAUUGAAACAGCAAAACAGGUCUACUUCAGUAAAAAUUACCCAGAAGUUAUUCAGAAUGGUCAAGUUGUCACAGAUUCUUCAAUAGAUGCUGCCUCAGGAUUAAUCUUUUGUGAAACUGCACUGUGAUCCAGCGUAGACAUGAUUGCUUUCUAUAGAAUGCAAACUGGAAACCAUUUAAACUGGAUGACUGACAGUGUUUAGAGUGGAGCUUUUUGCACUAGACAACAAUCAUAUUUAAUAUUAAGAAAAAUAUUUCAUCUAGCUCUUUCUUUAAUUUUAGUGCAAUACAUUUAUCAUUUCCAUCUAAAUAAAUUUCCAUUGCUAAAGGAAUUAGGCAG